AUGGAGACGAACGGACAGGGCAUCGAGAAGUUCAGUAUCCGAACGCCGUGCUCCUCAGCCAAUAUCGGGCCCGGAUUCGACGUCAUUGGCCUGGCAUUGUCCAUCUACCUCGAGCUCCAGGUGACUGUUGACCACACCAAGACUUCCUCCGAGCACCCUUUGAACUGCCGAAUCACAUAUGAGGGCCAGGGAGAGAACUCGGGCGAGGUCCCGCUCGAUCCAGCCUCCAAUCUCAUCACUCGCGUGGCCCUGUACGUUUUGAGAUGCCAUGAUCAACGUGCAUUCCCUGUGGAGACGCAUGUGCACAUUGUAAACCCCAUCCCUCUGGGCCGUGGUUUGGGAUCAUCCGGAGCCGCUGUUGUAGCGGGUGUGAUGCUGGGCAAGGAAGUUGGCGGUCUGGAUCUGGACAACGACCGAUUGUUCGAUUUCUGCCUUAUGAUUGAGCGACACCCGGACAAUAUUGGUGCAGCCUUGUUUGGUGGCUUCGUGGGUACCUACUUGAAGCCGUUGUCACCAGAGGAUGUAGCCCGAGUGGAGAUCCCGUUGGCCGAAGUGCUCCCAGCACCAGCAGGUGGCGUUGACACGGGCGAACGUCCCCCUGAGCCGCCUUAUGGAAUUGGCCAUCACAUCAAAUUCCCUUGGUGUCGGCAGAUCAAGGCAGUCGCCAUAAUACCUGAAUUCCAGGUUCCCACUGCCAAGGCGCGAGAGGUCCUUCCAGCGAACUAUCCCAGACAGGAUGUCACUUUCAACCUGCAGAGAAUAGCCCUGCUGCCCGUGGCACUCGGCCAGUCACCGCCCGAUCCAGAACUGAUCUAUCUAGCAAUGCAGGACAAGCUCCACCAGCAGUACCGACAAACGCUCAUUCCUGGCCUCGGAGAUAUAGUGGAAUCCAUGUCGCCAAGCACCCAAGAAGGUCUGCUUGGAGUGUGCCUAUCGGGCGCCGGCCCAACCAUCCUUGCACUUGCCACCAGUAAUUAUGAGCAGAUUGCAGACCGAAUCAUUGAGUUCUUUAAGAAAGAGGGGAUUCGAUGCCAAUGGCUUAUCCUAGAGCCAGCUGAGGGAACCAAAGUCAUCCGGAGAGAUUAG